AUGAUAUCUAGGGCCCCUGGAAGAACAAAUAUUGCAGUUUCAUUUUCAUGUGAUUUUGUUUAUCCUGUUUCACACCUAAAGGCAAGGACUUACAAUGCAUCCCUCUCCCUAUUGGUGGUGUCUGAUCUUCCCCUGGCACUUGGAGAUCUAAUUACAUGGGAAGAAACAGAAGUUUCACAGCGUGCUGUUUCCAUUGAUGGUGACAAAAUAAAAACAGAAGAGAGCAAUAAUCUUGCUUGCAUUCUAGCCAAAGAUUGCAUCACUGGAAGAGUUGAGAUUGCUUCUUGUGUCCGGGUUGCUGAGGUGGAGCAAAUAAGAAUAACAAACAAGGAGUUUCCAGUCCAUGCAAUCGAUCUUGCUGUUGGUGCAGAAAUUGAACUUUCAACAAGCUAUUAUGAUGCUCCAGGAAACCCCUUUUAUGAGGCAUCUAAUGUUAUUCUCCACCAUGCUGAAACUAAUUCUCCGGAUGUAAUCUCUGUUAACAGUACCCGCGAUACCAACAUGAUUCAUCUAAAGGCAAUGCGACAUGGUAGAGCUCUUCUACGGGUAUCAAUUGACAAUUGUCCUCAGAAAUCGGACUAUAUGCUGAUUUCAGUUGAUGCCCAUGUGCAGCCCCAAAAUACUUUCCUCCUCCAGGGGAGUUCUAUUAACUUCAGUGUAGUAGGUGGGUUUAUGGCUGUGAUGAUCAAGCUUCAGUGUCCAUUUUAUAGUGUUAUAGUUUUACACACUCGAUCUGGACAGGCAGAAGCAGUUGGGGAGGGAUCUACCCAAGUUUAUUUUGAAAGUUCCGAUGUGAAGCUGCAAACGAAAGUCACAGUUCUACCUGGAAGUACUCUUGCUGUGGAUGCUCCAAAGGAGAUGCUGACAAAUGUUCCUUUUCCCUCUCAAGGAUAUAGCUUUUCUGUGAAGUUCAGUGAUACAAAUGACAAGAUCAACACCAUUGGAAGCAGUAAAGGAGCUCCAUAUGACUGUAGGGUAGACCCUUCUUUUGUUGGCUAUGCAAAGCCGUGGGUGGAUAUUGAUACUGGCAGUUCAUUUUGCGUAUUCUUCCCGUACUCUCCAGAGCAUUUGGUCCACACCGCACCCAAGUUGAUGGACAUGAAACCUUAUAUUUAUGUUUCCAUCAAUGCUUCAUUGAAAGAACACAGCCAUGUUUCUGGAUCCGCAUCUGCACUUUUUGUCGGGGGAUUUUCCAUCAUGCAAAUGGGAAAGGAUACGACACAGUUGAAUCUGACACCAGACUCUAACAAGACUAUCAUAACCAUCUUGGGAAAUACAGAUGUUGAAAUCCACUGGCAUGGCCAAGGUUUGUUAAUGAUUAAUCCCAUUCACGAAGAAGGAUUUGGUGCCGCUCGCAGCAUACAGUAUGAGGUAAAAGCAUCGAGUGCCAAGCGAUUCACGGAUAAAAUCAUUGUCACACUCCCGUCUACCGGUCAAAGAGCGGAAUUGGAUGUUAACUAUGAACCGGAUGAGAAACCCUAAACCAAAAGCUACCAUUAAUAUUUAUUUUUGGGCAAAGGUCGUGGGAAGUCUUGCCCUAACAGUAAUCACAGUGAUCGUCGGCUUCAUAUGUUUACCUGAGCGACCUCUUGGAUCAUCUCAGCCAUCAUCCACUCCACAGCCCACUUCAACCAUAUCAGCACCUGUCACGCCCGACUGGAGAAGUCCCCUUCGUUUCGAUGAACAAUCUCCACAGACACCACAACCAUUUGUAGAUUAUGUGAGGAGAACCAUAGACGAGAAUCCGUACUAUCGGCGAGAAGGUAGGAGGAGGUUUAAUCCUCAGAACACGUACUGAAUCUCUAUCAAUUUGGCAUCC